GUUGCCGGAAGUUGCCGGAAGUUGCUGACAAGUGUUUCCAGGGGUUCGCUGGGGCCUUGCUGGGCGCGGCGAGAGUUCCUCGAGUUCGGCGGCUGCGCUUCCCUUCCUCGGGCCGCGGAAGGGAGAUUUUUUUGUAAGGUUGUGGUGUGACCAAGGGAGCAGCAGAAAUGCAGAUAGAUCAAGACCUGGCAAAGCGGCUCUUUUUUGAGGGUGCUACAGUCAUCAUUUUGAAUGUGCCAGAAGGAACAGAGUUUGGCAUUGACUACAACACUUGGCAAGUGGGCCCCAAGUUCCGUGGAGUCAAGAUGAUACCCCCUGGUAUUCAUUUCCUUCACUACAGCUCUGUUGAUAAGAACAAUCGCAAAGAGAGUGGCCCUCGCACCGGCUUCUUUAUGAACUUGCAGCCGCGUGAUCUGCGGGUGCUACACUGGGACCCCAUCAGGGAAGAAGUAGACCUUACCCCAGCUUCUGAAAAUGAGACUGAAGCAAUGAGGACUAACCUCCAGGAGAUGGACCAAUUUCUCGGUCCUUACCCAUAUGACACUCUUAAAAAAUGGAUUUCCCUCACUAAUUUCAUUAAUGAAUUUGUGAUGCAAAAACUACAGCCAGAAAGCGGACAGAUAUGUGCCUUUUCAGAAGUGCUUCCUAUUUUGCCUGGGAAGUUUACUAAAGAUCGUGUUGAACAGAACCUGCCCCGGUAUGACACAGAGUGCAAAAGCUAUGCAGAGGGGUUGGCCCGGCUGCCCAAAAUGCAGCUGAAAGCUGGCACUGAGAUCAGGUUUACAGAAAUUCCUAAGCAAAUGUACCCUGAAGGUGCUACCCCUGAAGAAGUUACUAGGCAUAGCAUGGACCUUAGCUAUGCCCUGGAAACGGUGAUCAAUAAACAGUAUGCCAGCAAUUCCCAGGAUGUGCUUGGGGAACUGCAGUUUGCCUUCAUCUGCUUCUUGAUUGGGAAUGUAUAUGAUGCCUUUGAGCACUGGAAGAAACUCCUGAAUCUCUUAUGCAGGUCAGAGGAUGCCAUAGUGAAGCAUCAGUCCCUGUUCGUUAACCUUAUUUCAGUCCUGUACCAUCAGCUCGGUGAAAUCCCAGCGGACUUCUUUGUGGACAUUGUUUCCCAGGACAACUUUUUAACUAACACCUUGCAGGUCUUCUUCUCCUAUACCUGCAGCCCAACUGUUGACAGGACUCUGAGAAAGAAGGCAGAGAGGUUUAAAGUCCACCUAACCAAGAAGUUCAAGUGGGACUUUGAGGCUGAACCAGAAGACGAUGCCCCCAUAGUAGUUGAGCUUCCAGAAGGGGCGCUUGUGGACUGAAUGGCAAUUUCCCUUUUCCUGUUUUGUUUUUAAAGCAGUAUUUUGAACUGUUGUACCAUACUUGAUUCUGUGUUCUACACUUCUAUUUUCUCCUCCCUUCACGGAGGCAGAACUAUGAAAUCCAGAAAGUCUACCAACUUCCUUCCUGCUGGAAAUAAAAAUUCUGGGAAAUACAGACUAGAUUACAUCUAGAUUCUAUGCUGGAUCGAGUCAUUUUGACCUCGCUGUGGCUCAGUUCUUUUGUCACUGCCAUCUCAUACCCUUACUUGGAAGUAAACUCCAUUGAAUACAAUGGAGUGUACUUCUUUGUUAACAUGUGCAGGAUUGCACUGUGUGAUUGUUGAUGGACACACUUCCCUGUGUUGAAGAACCACAUGUGACAUAGUGGUAUUUGAGUCUUGACUUGCUUAUUCUUUAGUUCCAUGCUUCCUUAGUUCCAUAACUGGUAAGCCAGAUUGCCGUGUUCAGGAGACUUUGUGCAUCAUCUUCUAAUACAUGCCAGAACUGAACAAUGCUGAGUAGAGAUAUUUCAUAAACACUGCAAAUGGAGUUAGCCUACACAACUUGGGUUGUAAUUCAUUGUAAAUCUCCAAGCUUUUGCUUUUACUGUGGCGUUACUAGAAUUAUUCCUAUCACUUUCCUUCAUUCCAUCACUUUUAUACUCUGUCCCUGCCUUUCUUUAGCCUGGCGGAGGGUUUCCUUACCACUUUCCAGAGCAAUAGAAGUGUCCAGGGGGAGCAAACGUGAAAUGAAAGAGAAAUUUCAUAUUUAAUCAAUGGCACUUUCCUGUCUGAGCCAUUACUAAAAAGCUCCAUGGAAUGUUCUUAUUUCUUUUCUACUUAUGUCCUCUCUCAGGACAGACAAGCACUUCCUGUUGUUACUUCAGAGCAAUGAAAAUGCUAUAAAACAGCCUGCAGCAAGCACGCUGCCUGUUAUCUUUUAAUGCUUUCUCUGAGGUGCAGGAUGUUGGUACAUAUUUCAAAUAAGAAUCCCUACUGUGUUAGGCUCCGUCAAGAGUUGGUGUGUGUAUCUGACAAGAUAACCUGUGUGUUAGCGUUCAGCACACAAUAAAUGUUCCUGCGUUAGGUAUUCCUACAAAAUGUCCCUGAAGUCUUCUGUGUGUGAAAUAUUUUAGCAAAGGUGUGCUCUGGGUGGUUGCUGACAUGGCUGUGAUGGCGAUGAAAUGCUCUUUAUCUUGCUUGCCAUCUUGUCUGUUUCAUACCCAAGUGUAGCUAGUUUUCAAGUGCUAUCCUUUAGUAUUAAUAUAAGUUAACAUUCAUGGUCUGCAAAGUCCUGAGUUUCUGUCCCUUCAUAUGUAUAAAAGUAGUCACAGAAAUCGGUUAUAAGAAGGCAAGUCUAACUUAAUCCAGGAUGACUCACCUCUAUAAUUACACAUAACAGCCUUGUUCAGAUGUAAACCUGAGGCUUAGAUUUUAAGCCAUAACUUCUCAUUAAAUACCCAUGACUGCUCACCUACUCUCCUGCAUGGCUGGGAGGAAAAGCUUUACCUAACUCCACCACUGUUGGGUGGCUUUUAUCAUCUGGGGUUGCGUGUAACAUCCCAACUAUAAUUAGUUUUUGUGUCUGACCCAGGGCAAACUGUCGCUACCAGUAACUAAGGCUUGUGUGAACAAGUCGGCGUCAAACCACAGUUUAAAAACCUGGCUUGUUUGGAUAAACCGUAGUUAAGGCACAUGUCACAGUUCAGCCACGGUGACAAAAUGUGCUUAGCAGAAACUAGGACUAAAUGCUUCCAUUUUAGACUCUGGGCUUGAUGGUUAUAUGAGGGGGUCCUCUGGCUCACUCAACUGAGUGGGGGCCCUGUGCUAGCAUUCUGACCUGAUGGCACCACUGCCGCCAAGAUACAGCAAAGGCUUGACUGCAUGCAUGUAUGCAGAGUGUCUGUUUGCAUGCUCUUGCUGCACACCUUCAGUUUGCCCCUUCAGUGGCUCAGCAGUUCCUGCUUGUGUAGUAUUUCCAGCCCUAAUCCUUGCAGGCACUGAACCACCAAGAAGUCAGAAGGAGGAUCCAGCCAUUCCCAAUGUCCUACAGCCAGUGAGCAGGGGCUUGACAAAGUAAAACACAAAGACUUAAGAUCUGCAAUCACUAUGGAAAAGGGGUGUUUUUUUCCCAUAGUGUGUGAUCACAGUUGGGACUUUUUGUAGGGAAAUUAUUCUGAGACCUCUUGAUUUAAAAAUAAAUGUUUAACAGAAAGUGGAGAAGAUGGAUGUUUGUAUGGACUGAAGGUUUUUAAUAAACUUUUUUUAAUGUAACUGGCAGAUGGAAAAAUAGGAAGUUCUUUUGUAUCUUUUGCUAAUUGGUUUUUUAUUCUCUCUUUCCUUUCUUUAUUUCUAUCACCCUUUCCUUCCUUUCUUCACUUCGCAUCUUUGGUAGUUGUAAUCAUACUGCAUUAUGGGAAACAUUUAAUAAAAAAAUCUUAAGCCCAAAGAAAAGGGGAUUUUUCAAUAAUUUAGGGGCCAGAGAACCUUGUGGAUAUGAAUAACUCUUUGUCUUGUCUUACAGAUUUGAUCCAUGAAGCCUCUUAUGGACACUUUUAUAAUCACCACAAUCACAAUAUAAAACAUCAGGGUGGCGCACAAACCUGCCUUCUCCUGAGUGACAGGACUCGAAAGAGGCAUCGUGUAGGGUUCAAUCAGUGGUGAGAUUGAAGCUAUUUCAGGUGCUUGAAGUGGUCUGCUGAAUGACCAGGGUUGGAAACUUUGAGAUGCAUAUUGAAAAGGGGAGGUCAAAGACCUCAAUGUCUUGAGUGUGGGCAGGUAAUGCAGCAGCCCUAUACAUACCUGAGAGUAAGCCUCAGCUGUGGUCCAAAACUGAAGGCAGCAGCCUGGAGAAGAUUGAUAUAACCAGUGCCUAGAUGGAAUUAUUAUUUAUUCAUACAUACAUACUGUAAAUACCCUGCCCAUCUGGCUGGGUUUCCCCAACCACUCUGGGCGGCUCCCAACAGAACACUAAAAACAAUAUAAAACUUCAAAGAUUACAACCUUCCCUAAACAGGGCUGCCUAGAAACUCUAAACAGCACAUAGAGUUCUAGGAUGGAAGCUAAGUGGCGAACACAGGUGGCGUAAACAAUCCCAUCGUAAAGGGACCUUAAUAUGGGACAAUUUUCUUCAUACAUUUUUGUUGCUGCAGGAGUAGAAAUAUGUUAUUUCUGUCAAUUUACCAAAAUUGUUUGACAUGUUAAUCUUGCAUUUUUUUUAUUAAAAAGGGAAACUACUUUUCACCUCACGAGCCUGCCAAUGUAAAGAUAAAAGUCAGGUGGGUUUAGGGCUCUCUCCCCCCGCCCCCAUAAUGAAAAUGCCUCUCUGUCACAGUGAUGUGAUGACAUCUCACAGUUAGGAAAGUGUGAGGGAGGGGGGGGCAUUCAUUUCUAUUUUCCCUGUCAGAUUUUGAAUCAAUCAACUUUUGUCAGACAUGCAAUUGGACAGAAAUGUAAAUUGCUAAUUUUCCUUCUGAGUGAUUUACAGCUUUAACCACCAGACAAAGUCUUAUUUCUCCAUCUGGCUUUUUCUUAACAAUUUAUUCCUGUUUUGCUCUUGAGAGCAUAAGAAGAGUCUACUGGAUCAGGCCGAGUCCACCAUCCUGUUCUCACAGUGGUCAACCAGAGAUGCAUGUGGGGAAACCCACAAACAGCAUCUGAACACAAGAGUGUCCUCCCCUUUGACCCAUAGCGUCCCAUUUGAACUAUGCUAACUAGAUGAGUUGGCAAAACUCUAUGAUCAAAUAUUCUGUUUUUCUAAUGCUAUUUUAUUUGCUUGCUUGCCGAAACAGCUGCUACAAUUUUUUUUAAUAAACAAUUUUGCAAGUGGUGCUUGUGGCAAGAAGGUGCAAUUUAGGUUUGGAUUGUUCUCUCAUUUAAAAAUGAAUAAAUUGCCCCUUCGUGUCAAAACUGCUAUUAGGCUCAUUAGACACAAUGUCUAUCUCUCUUGGCUUGAUGUGACAGCUAGAAGUGGGGUGGGGGUGAUCAGGAAAAUGGCCCUGGAGGAAAGAGUUAAGCACCUAUUCUCCCAGAGCCAUGAGAUUCCUGUGUUGCAUAGGGUUAGAUUAGAUGACCUUCGGCAAUCCCUUCAUUUUACAAUUCUGUGAUGCUAUGAUUCUGUUAUCUGACAUCCCCCCACCCUCCAACACACACACAACCAGAGAUGGAAGACGGGAUUACAGGUCUCCUUUGUCUCAUCUGAUAAGAUCCUGAGUCCAUCUGUUCAGCACUUAGGUACCAGUAUGCUUUACUUGGAACUAUAUUCCACUGAAUUCCAGCAGUAGGGCUGGAAUUAAUGUUGCCCUAAACCAUUUUCCUGUCCAUUGUUACCAUUUCCAGGCACAUUCUCUGACGCCUUAUUUUCUCACUGUAUGAGGUAACAGCCAAUCCAAAUGUACUAUUCAAAUCCUGAAAAAUUGUACAAUCUUAAAAAAAAAGCAAUUGUGGAAUAGCAAAUACUAAUCUUGAAACCGUUAAAAUAUGCAUUUAAAAGCUCAUUUAAAAUAGGUCCUUUGCAUUAAAAGCACUAUGCAUUUUAGCCUUCUCUAAUUUUAAUUUAGGGUGUAAGCAUUUUACCUUGGCUCUUGUUGAUCCUUGUUCUUUUUCUCUUAUUGAUAUAAUUAACACUAGCCCUUUUCAGCCUUUAGGACAAUUAAAGCUAGCCUUUGCUCUUUCCUACAGAUACGGGCUUUGUUUUGUUUUUUACUAGGAAAUUAGUUAACAGAGCAUGCCUGGGGGAUCUUCCACUCAAUAUCAUCCUAUGACAUAAUUAGCAUGUUGUUGACCACAGAGACCUCAUUAAGAAUUGGUAAAGGAGUCACGCAGCAGUUACCUGGAGUAUUUCUAAACAGGAUAGCUUGGUCAAUAUGGGAAGCUGAUAUAUGUUUAAAUUCCCAAAAUGAUGGUUUUGGAUUUCUCUGCUGCGUGCUCCUCUCCUUGUCCCUGCAGGGGGACUGCCUGAUUAAUUUGCAUGGACGGUUUUGCAUAAAUAUGAGCUGCAAAGACUGGCAGCGGGGCUCAGGAGCUCGCAGAAAUAGGUCGCCCCACCGAGGCAUUGCUAUUCAGGUGCCAGGGCUGAGCAUGCUGGCUUCCCAGUGGAGCUUAUCUCCAGCUUCCAGUGGCGUUCAUCAACUUCAGCUUGAAGGGCUUUGUGGCCCCCUGGGGCUUGGGAACAAAGAGUCUGCACUCGCUUGUGUCACAGAAUCCUCCCAAGUUGAAUGGGCGACUGACAUCUCUGAAAUUUCUCUAGGCAAGGGGGAAAGAAGGAACAGAGGUGCCUCGGAUGGAGGGUUAAUUUAUAGCAGCCGAGGACGCUCAUCUGAAUGUGACAGCUGUUUCAAUAGGCCAAUUUAAGCACACAAAAAUUAAAAGGUACUUUCCCAGCAAUUAUUUCAAAUGCUGAAUGAGCUGACAGUCCCUGUCUCAAAUGUGGGGAAAGCUGUGUGUGUGUGUGUGUGUGUGUUUAAACCAGCCUUCCGGAUACCUUAACAUCCUUGGAGAUCUGCUGAAACAUUUAAUAUUUUCACGCAAUAAAGUGUGCUCGAGUCUUUAAAGUGCCUGCAUGCUGCAUAAUACGAAGAAGAGGUACGGCAUCGAAACAGCUAAUGACCACCAGAGCCAACUUAUUUUGGUUUUGUCCUCUCUCAAGUUCUGGGAGGGCAGUACUCCUAAAGCUGGCAGUCAGUGCCACCCCCGGAGUGGCUUUAAAUAAGAAGGCAGGAACAUGGGGGCUGGCUAAGGACAAGUUGAGGUUGGUGGCCGCCCAGUGGCCCAUUUGCCCUAACGGACCAGCUUCCACUCACGCUAACACAGUCUAAAAGCAAACACUUUAGGGGGCAGGAGUAAAACGCGUCCUCAGUUUGAAUUCCGUGUACCAAGUUCACAUCCAGUUCAUAGUAGACCCCACCUCCCACCUAUGUGUGUUCCUGAUUUGAAGGUCAGAAUAGAACCUAUGUGUUAGGGAUCACCAGUCCAAUGCCUACAGGUUCUUGGUGCUCAUUGGUGUCCCUGAAUAAGGGCCCAGUCUCUAGCCCAGGCAUAGGCAAACUCCGGCCCUCCAGAUGUUUUUGAGACUACAUUUCCCAUCAUCCCUGACCACUGGUCCUGUUAGCUAGGGAUGAUGGGAAUUGUAGUUCCAAAAGAUCUGGAGGGCCAGAGUUUGCCUAUGCCUGCUCUAACCUUUUGGUGCUUCUUCCUCCACUCUAGAUACUCUCCUCCAGCACUGCCCCACUAUGAU